UUUCACAACUCUGGCAGUGGGUUCCACUUCUGCAAUGGAAAAUGACAUUUUCGUUUCUUUCCUGGAGGGAAAAGGAAGAGCGGUAGAACUGACGUGUGCUCGCCCAGGCCCUUCCCUGCAGAGAGAACACACAGCUGCAGAGAUGUACCUCGGCGGUAAGCACCUGGAUUGACAUCUGGCUCAGAGGAGGGCUCUGCGAGGGUUUGUUUGUUCGUGCCUGCCAGAUACAAGCAAGCCUCUUGUGACUGUUUUUCUGUUCCUGUAAAGCAGAGGCAAACUGUCUCCAAAUGGCCUGCAGACCAUCAGGCUCUGCCCUGUAAGCUGGAUCUCAUCUAUGGAGAGGGCCCUCACAGUCCUGCAAGUGAGCCUGUACCACCCCACACCAGGCCUGGUCACCUUUGCCAAAGUCCCACUGCGGCUGCAGCAUGAUACCAGUCGGCUGCUGGUGGGACGCGGGCAGGACGCCCACAUCCAGCUGCAGCUGCCCCAGCUGUCCCGACACCAUCUGUCCUUGGAGCCCUACCUAGAGAAAGGCAGCAACCUGCUAGCCUUCUGCCUUCAGGUGUUGUCUCGCAAGAGCUGUGUGUGGGUCAACGGGCUGCCACUGAGGUACCUGGAGCAGGUGGCCCUCGGUGCUGUCAGCAGAAUCUCCUUCUCUGGCAUCCAGAUGGUAGUCCGCAGAGACGGGGGCUCCUCCCUCGAGGCCUUUGUCUGCUACUUCCAUUUCAGCUCGUCACCCCUGAUUUACAGACCCAAGGCCCAGGAGACGGAUGAAUGGGAAAGCGUUCUUAUGAAGGAGACUCCUCCUGUUUGUGGGGAGGCAACUCAUGAUCCCUCGGGGUCUCCCCAGGGCUCCUCCCAGACUCAGACAGCUGUUCCCAGCCAAGCCCUGGAGGAGCAACAGAAAUAAAGCUCCAGAGGGAACCCCCAGACACUGCACCCUGCCCGCCCUGCUGGCUGAGAGCAAGUCUUGCUACAACAGGGUUUGAAAUAUUUGAACUAUGUCAUGUGAGGUUGACACACAAAGUUGACAUGCAAGGCCUGCUGGCCGCCCCACUGGCAGGGAACUGAUCCUGUAAACUUUGAGCCACCCAGGGGUGGAGAAGUGCCCUCCGUGGCUCUGGGUAAUGGGAACUAUGGGAACUUCAUAUACUUUUAGAGGCCCUGAGAGGUUCCGGGGAGCCUCUCCCAUCAUCACCCCCACCCCAUUUCCUCCUUUGUCUGGCUAGGAGUCACUUUAUGUUGCUCAUUUCACAGGCUGCUUAAGAGCAGAAGCAUGGGGUUGGGGCAGGAAUGCAAGGACGCGUGGAGAAAUGACAUUUGUGGUAGCUCAGGGUUACCUUCAGCUUUCAAAUACCCACAGGCACUCAGGGCUUAGGGAAGCCUGUGUUUAAUAAACUGAAAGUAUUUCAUUAAGCUGGCACACCCAGUAGGAUUCCCUGAGUCCCAGAUGGGCCACAUGUACGCCAUGUUGUCAUGUGGAGCUGGGGGCGGGAAACCUGGGAGAGGUGUGAGAGGAAAUUGGGAAAGUCGGUAGGAGUUUUCGUUUCUAGAAAGGCUGCACGGCAGAGCUCAAGGCUUCCGGGAGGGGAGCUAGAGACUGGGACUGCUCGGAUAUUUCUUCUCCCCUCCCUCCUUUCCCCUCCUCUUCCUUUUCUCCCUCCUCUCUUCUCCCAUCCUCUGUCACUUCUGGACCAAGGCCCUGGCUGACCAGAGGGCAAAGGUCUUCAGGAAAAGACUGUUUCCUGCAGAAGUGAGCUCUUUCAGAACUAAUUACAUGUUUAGAGAGCAAGGUUGUGUCAGAAGUCAACCGAGUUGUCCCACUUGGAGUAAGAUGCCUGCCAGGGCUUAUCUUCCCUGAUCAGACAUGGAGGUGAGGUUGUUAAGGAGCCAGGCAGGCAAGGAUGGCAGAAUUUUCUCAGGGAGAAGGGAGCAGAGGGCUAACAGCUGCUUGCCAUUUAGAAAUAAUGUUUAUUCAAGUAAGGGCAGGAGAAUCCUAUAAACUCAGGUAACUACCAUAAGCCCAGACUCUGCACAAGGGCACCCAGACACUGAAGGCACAUUACUGCUCACAAACUGACUCAUGACCCUAGCAUCUGUGACACCUCUGUCACGCACCGUUCCCUACCCUUUUGUGCCCAAGGAAGACAAUAUGAGGCUCAGGGCUGUUUCCCAGCCCCGAAUAUCUUCCCCCUAGGGAAAAUAACACCAGACAAGACCUACUCACAUCUAUGCUUAGGAAGUCCCUCCUCCAACAGAAUAUGAACUUAGAUCACAGACACAAGACAGAGGAGAGCAUGGUCUACCUGGGAGGAUGCUGGCCAUGUGGUGAAUGACUCCCAAAGUUCCUCUCUCAUUUAGAUGAGCUUUUACCAAACACCCACCUCAUGCCAAAUGUAUAUCAAGUCUCAGAAUCCAGGAAUAAACAAAGCCAAUAAAAUCUACCUUCCAGAAGCUUGCUUGGCCCCAGGAGAGAUAAGCAUUCAGGAACAAAUGACUUGAUUAUUUUAUCACAGCUGUUGGGAUUAUAUCUUGUCCCUCCUCUGGUUGGGUUUGAGAUUUACCCUGUCAUUAGGUAGAUUUGAAGUUGAUACGUACUCUAUGUGCAUCCUCUGCUAAGCAAGUCACAGUGUAGUAAGCCCUUGAGCACUGGACCCAGGGGUCACCCCCAUUCAAUGCUCACCAUUCCCCAGAUAGACACUGAUCUCAAGCACAGUUCACAAAUAAGGAAGAUAAGACUCAGAAGGUUAACUGUCUAGCCAAGGCCAUGUCAUGUGUGAACUGGGUGACCUUGGGCAAGGGACUUAGCCUGUCUUGCCCUCUAUUUCUCCCUCUGGAAAGCCAGGUAGAUAACCUAACUGCCAGAACAGUUGAGAGGAUGUCAGGAGGCAGGUCAUGGAAAACGCUUAGCGGCCCACAGAAGGCACUCAAGAAAGGCCAGCCACCCUGAGGCCAAAGACAGGGAAGCUAAAAUAUACAAAUCCUGAGGCUCAUCACAAACAUGGAACUUGGGUUGACUUGAACCCCAGUGACCUAGCUCCAGAGCUCAAGAGCUCCAGCAUUCUGUGGAGGAUGGAGGAGGUGUUAAGCUGCUUUUAUAUCAGAAGAUCUGGGUUCGUAGAACAAGGGACGCUACUGGCACUGGAGGGAGGAACUGCCUGUAGUUCAGGCUGAUGCAGUCCACUGCUCAGGAUUGCUUCGAAAUCCCCCAACUCUAAAGCAGGCACAGAUCUCUGGAGGAUUCGAGCGCUGUCCAGUCUGUGAUUACAGAGCAGCUGCCCACAGGUAAAGCUUGAGAAACACCUAGAGACUGCAUGGCCACCCAAGGCUGGAGGCACCAGGGUCUCUGGCUGUAGCUCCUUGCACCUCUGAAGAACUUUUGGAACAGGCUGCAGCUGCCGAGUGCCUCUCUCCAUCCUCUCCCCUCCAGGAAGGCGCGAACCCACCCCUGCUAAGGGUCCAUGAGAUAGAACAGCGCACUUCCUCCAUGGGGGACUGUGUGGUUGGUGUAUUUUGGGUGAAGUGUCUGUGAGGUCCUCACACUGAAAAGUAGACUAGAGGAUGACAGGCCAGACACAGGAAGGGGAAGAGCCAGGAAACAUCUGGCUUAUUUCACAAAGUCUCCUCAGGAGCAUUUCUUCCUCCUCCUCUUUCUCUUCUUCUUCUUCUUCUUCUUUUUUUAGUUUUACUGUUUUUUAGACAAAGUCUCACCGUGAGUCUCAAAGCAGCCUUGCAUUCACUAUUCCGAAUCUGCCUAUGCCGAGUGCUCAGUCACAAGUGUACACCAACCACACCUGGCUUGUUCCAGGUAUUCAAGACAUCACACUCUGCUAGACUUCACUUCCCUUGAAAAACAAAAAUCCUGGAACUAUUAGAUUCACGGCCCCAUGACACUCUCCUGUCACCUGGAAUCUGUAGGUUAACUUCAAGACCCUGCUUGUGGAUUUGCCGUCACUGUCGCUUCUCUUGCCUACACAGGGUCCCUUCUAACCAUCUCUUAUGAAUGUCCUAAGCUCCCCCUCCCAGCAGGGCAGCCUGUGUGACCGUGGGGAUGAGCACAUGGAAGCUUACAGGACAUACAGACACGCAAACACCCAUAUGCACACAACACAGGUAGUUUCAAGCUGUCUGGGCUACAAUUCAUGCUACUCACUUACUGCCCCAUGGUCUUUGGACCUGUGACUUCUAUGUGAGGGUCACUGCAGAAAUAAAAUGAGUCACUGAAUGUAAA